UAAUUUUUUUGACCUUGUAAACUUUAUUUACACUCUCUUCAUCGAUAAAGAUGACCAGUUGACCUUGCAAAUUGUAUUUAGAUUCUCAUCACUGAUAAAAACAUCCAGUUUUCGAACCACUGUAAUAAUGUUAAAAACAUAUUUGAUUUCUUUAUUUUUGAUCAGUGCCACGAAUCCUGAAGCGAUUUCUUUUCAAAAUUUGACACUAGAAUGGAAAACAAGCACGGGUAGUAACACUACAACCGUUUCAUCAUCGGCCAACCUCCGAGACUCCAUCCCUGAGCAUCAAGGGGAAAUUUCGGUGAUUUUACAUGGUUUUGUGCCGGUGUUUUACCCAAAAGCGGUGAAUGGUGUACCAACUUUGAAGUCUCUAACAGCGUCAAGUAUCAGUUUGGAAGAAAUUAAGCCAGGGGCGUUUGAAAAUUUGCCCCGUUUGGCCCACUUGUCUUUAAACCGGAAUCGGCUAAAAGUGAUCGAAAAAGGGACUUUCACGGGCUUGAACUUAUCGAGUUUGAAUUUGGCCGACAACGAAAUAUCCAAUUUUCAACCUGGGGCUUUUAAAAACCUCAAAAUUCACCAUCUGACUUUGAGUAACAACAAAAUUCUCGAAAUUCGAGACGGCACUUUUGAAAAUGUGUCUUUGGAAAGCUUGAAUUUGUACCACAAUGGUCUUCGGAAAAUCGGAGGUAAAAUCGCAAAUUUGACAAAUUUGGUUUUGGGCGACAACAAAUUAACCGAAAUCGAUUUCAAUUUCCCUGACUUGAAAUAUCUCGACCUGAGUUUCAAUCGCAUUAAAACUCUCCAUCGGGGAGACUUGAAAAAUCUUCCACAGUUGGACACUCUGAACCUCAUCGGUAAUUCCCUUGAACACGUCCCUGAAGGUGUUUUCUCCCAAACAAAACUCGUCACUUUGAAGCUAAACUACAACCGAAUUUCUAAAAUCGAACCCAAAGCAUUCGACGACAUGCCUCAACUUAGCGUUUUACACAUCGACCAUAACAAUUUAUCUCAAUGGGACAACAAUUGGUUGAGGGGUUCCCCCAAAUUGGCUUAUAUCUUUACCGGUUAUAACGUAAUUGAAGUUUUACCGAGUAAAGCCUUCCACAAUUAUCCUCAAAUGUACAGUAUUGAUUUGGAAAGCAAUAACAUCAAAUCUGUUUCAAGGGAAAGUUUCAUAGGGUUGGAGAAAGUGGUGAAUUUUAGUUUGGGGAAUAAUUCAGUUGAGGUUUUGGAUCCGGAAUGGUUGGCUAAUGCAACAGUGGGAACUGUGGAUUUGAGUCAUAAUAAACUGGAAUGUGUGGAAGGAAACUUGAGCGAAGUUUUCAGAAGUGUGGAUUUUGUCCACCUGGAGGGGAAUCCCUGGAGAGAGGAUUGUGUACAAAAAAUUAACGACUUUAUCAACAGUAAAAGAAGAGGCAAAUAACAAACAUUGUAUUGUAUCGCAUUAAAACUUGUACCCAAGUUCUAAUAAAAAUAAGACAUUUA